ACCCACUCGCUCACGUCUCCGGCUUUUUUCUUUUCACCUAACCUCUCUUCUCCUUCACCUUGCCAUCCUCCCCUGCCUACACCCUACCCUGUCCCCUCAUUCUCUCUUCUCUCCGUCCUCCAACCCUUGCUUGACACCUUUAAACCACGAUUGCUUCACACUCCUCGUCGCUUCCCGUCGGAUCGUCAAGGAAGGACUCCUCCCGGAAUCGCUACCCCACACCAUAGCUCUCGUCGUACGCUCCUUGAAUCCUUUUCUCUUUCCCCCUUCUUUUCACAAUAGGAAAUGGCUUCAUCCGUCGUCUUCCGCGCCGUCGCGCUUCUUUUGGUUGCGGUGUCUAUGGCUUUGGCCCAAGUGACACCCUCGGUUUCUACGGACCCACUCGGCGGCUCUACAUUCACGACGCCGGUCUACAGUCCUUCUCAGACAUUCACACCCGUCACGACAUACGCGACGGCUGCCUCGCGCACCCCGACGACCAUUGGCGGCGCUACCGGCCCUUCGCCUGCGACAGGGUCGUACGCAUUCACCUAUGAUGCACCGAUUUCCACUGUCACCAACACCCCGCUGGACAAUGUCCUAAGCAGCGUUGCGGCCAAUGGCGAGCCGACUGACUACACGAGGCCUUUCCAGCCUAACCCUCCUCUCUCACACCUUCCAUCCCCUAUUGACACACUUCCCCCUCUUUCGCCAUUCUCUAUCGAUCUUGCGGUGUCAUCCUCGAGACAGGACCUGCAACCGCAUACAUACCACUUUUUGCCUCUUUCUCUCCCUCUCUCUCUCGGUGUACUUUCGCUCGCUCGCUCGCUCGCUUUACAUCUAUUUGUGCUUGCCUACUACCCCACUUCCUCCCCUUUUCCAGUCUUAGUCUUUCUGCAAACCAGUCCAGAGACAGCCUCUCUCACACGCACACUCUCAAGCGAAUCCCAGAAAAGAUUCUUGUUGUGCUUUUUGCGGAUGGAGAAAAGCGUCAUUCAUGUUCCGAUCUCUUGUCUGAUGGAGCUCUCCAAAGGCGAAUCCCACUCUUCCAAGUCGAAAGUUCAUUCACCGGCCAGAGCGUGCCCCUUUCCCGCCGCGAAAGACGAAGCAAUCUAGCCUUGAUGUUGCCGACAAAAAGGGCAUUCGUGAAGUUAUCGAUCAUAUGGGUAACACUACAGAU